ACUGCUGCUCUGAUUUGCAUCAGUGGCGGAGCCCUUCAAGCAGACUCAAUCAAUGUUGCCUUGCUUUUCGUGGCACGUUUCAUCACUGGAUGUGGGAUUGGAAUGAUCGUUUUUCUCAUACCUAUUUUCCAGGAAGAAAUCUCUCCUCCCGUGGCCUUUUAGUUAGCCAACAUGGCAUUUGUCGUUUUAUCACCCGAACCAAUGAUCUGACCAUGAUACAAUACAAGGGGCUUGGAUCGUUUUCGGGUAUGCGAUUGCAAGCUAGAUUAGUGUGCGGAAUUUCUUUUCCUCCGCACUCAACUUUCAGUGGCACUUCCGUCUUGCUCUCUAUGUAUCUUUCUCCUUGGCUUAUUUUGCUGCUGUCUGUCGGUUUCCAAGUCCCCGCGUUGGCUACUCAUGCACAGGUGCCAUGCAGAAAGUCAGGAUAUUAUCUCCCGCCUUCAUGUCGACGGAAAUAUUGCGGACGCCGACAAGGUUUCAUAUGCCCAAAAAGAUUUCCAUCAAAUGGUCAAACACGUAGAAAUGUGCUUGCAUGCAUGGAUCGCUGUAGGUGGCGCCCGCCAGAUGUACAUAUAGCAAGGCAUCAUACCGUACAAGGAUGAUGAUUGGGUUCCUCCCCAAGCUACUUGGUGUAAUGGUCGUCUCGAAUACCUCCUAUGCUAUUCUCUGUUUUGUCGACACACGGAACAGACUACAUGGGUAAUUUGUAUAACGACUUGGGCUUUAACGGGGAAUUGGUUUAGAUC